CCUUUCUUUUAAGCAUACACGACUGACUGAAUUCGAAGCCCUAACUUCAGAAGUAAACCAACUGAUUGAAAACAUGAAAUAUGUUCUCCUAUUUAUUCCUAACUACAUUCAUCACAGUAAUCAUUUUUAAACAUCAAGCUGAAGCUAGCUUUGAAAGACAUAUGUUAACGAAUGAGCCUUGUAGUAAAGAUUUUUUUCGAUGUGACAAUUCAAUCUGUAUUCCAGUAAAAUAUAGAUGUGACGGUGACCCGUCUGAUUGUGGAAGGGAUCCCUCGAAUGAAAGAGACUGCAGUAGUGCCCUGAUUAAUUUAGAUCGUUUUGAGAAAUACGAUCACCUCAAAAAGAAAGCAGUAGCCUGGUUAUUUCAACAGGGCAAAAAUGACUCAUCUGCGGAAGUGUUUGGAUAUUAUGCAACCAGGACGGCUGUGGCUCUCUAUUUGGUGGAUGAAACUUACUUUUCGCCAAAUAAUAAAAUCGGAAAGCAAUUAUCUAUGGAAGUAGGGUACCGGCUUCUAUCAAGACUUGCUUUGAAUGAAUUAGAAGAUGUUUCAAGCACAGAAUUGGCCUCGUUCAUCAAUGCGUUCUUGGUAGCUUGCAUUGAUGUUAGAAAUUUCCAAGGAAUAAAUCUCGUUCAAGAAUUACGCAGCCGAGUAGACAAAGAUGAUUACGUAAAUCCAUUUAAUCUGAUAGCCUUGUGCAACGCUGGAGACAAUAUCACGCAGAAAGAUGUCGAUAAACUUAAGGCAGAAUUUUCAAAUGCUCAUAGAGAGCUGUGGACAGAUGAGCAGGCUUUAGCGGUGAUGGCGACGUCGUGUGCAUUGCAGCAUAAUCGAACUCUACGAGCAAACUUAACCGAAAUGAUUUCUGUUUUGACUCAAAGACAGAAGGAAAACGGAAUCACUGAUAACUUGAAAACCACUGCUUUAAUAUUGCAGGCUUUGAUGUCUGUCAAUAAUACUCACCAAAAUACUCGACAGUACUCGGCAAUGAAAGCACUCCAGGGUCUCUUAAGCAACCAGGAACAUGAUGGUUCCUUUGGAGGUGAUGUUAUUAAAACCUACUUCGUUUUGCCCGUACUUAGAUAUAGAAGCCUCGUAGACAUAUCCUCAAGCCACUGCCUUCUUCCAAACAGAACAGGUGAUGAAAUUCUGCAAGAUUGGAUGUUUCAGACAGGUAACAAAAGCAGAGUCCGGUAUUCACUGUGGCUAGGUACAGAUCGGUACUUAGAAAAGACAAUGCAACUGUAUAUUCCGGCUGGAACAUCAUUUUAUAAGAUAAUGGAAGUUGCAGCUAAGUUGGAUCCUAUGUACAAGUAAACCAAUUUUGAAUUU